AUGUACAACUAUUCUGACCUGAUAAUUGAGGGUUUUCCACAAAAGGAUAGUUACUAUAAUGUGUAUCUCAAUGAGCUUGAAAUUAACGUGUUAAUCAAAAAGUCGCAAUUUGCAGCCAGCUUUCCAAGCUUCUUGUGUCAGGAUAUUGGAAUAAAUGCCAAGCCACCCAAUACAUAUAUUUGA